GUGGCGCCCGCGCGCCCUCUGCCUGCCGGCGGGAGCUAUAUCCGGGUGCACAGCAUCGGCAGCCGCUGACGGCAGCGUGCAAGGCCAGGCGAGGCGCGCGGGAGGCACUCAUCGUCCUUUUGGGCGGCAGCUCGCAUGGCCGUACGGGGCAGUGGGGGCACGACGCAUGCAGCCUGACACGAAAUCUAGCAGUAAGCGCACAUUGUAUGCUAAGCCCAGCGAGUACCGGCCAUUCCAAGCUCUGCUCGAUCUGGAUAUGAUCUGCUUUUGAUCAUCCAUCAUCCAUUCACCGACGACAUCGAUCUCUUCCCGACGUGCUCAGCCAGCUCGAUCGCUUCUAUCAGCAGGCCAUCGGCGUGCUCGAUCGCUUACUUCUCAAAUGCCAUCCUCCGGCAGUACUAGUGCUUCGCCUCCCAGCAAUGGCCAGACUAUGGCAGAUCGAAUCUGCUGGAUGUAUCUUGGGAAUCGUACUAGUCUUCAGUUCGUGAAUGGUCUUCAAUCUUUUGUGACAGCUGCACAGACAGAUAUGUCGAAUGGACAUAAGUCAUCAGUGUGGUGUCCAUGCAUUGAUUGUAAGAAUGAAAAGCAAUUCUUGGAUUUGGAUGUAAUCAAUGAACAUCUAAUAAUUCGAGGAUUCAUGGAUGACUAUACAUGUUGGAACAAACAUGGAGAAGAAGGUGUCAAUCACCGAGACCAAGUGCAGGCUGCUGGUCAACAGUAUGGCGAGGAUGGCCUCCAUGAAACUGAUAUCGGUCGUGAUGAUGAGGAAGCACCAUUUGACAAUCAAGAACUUUGUGAUGAUGAUGUAACAGAUAUAGCUGUGAGCUUUGAUGAAGACCAACUUGCUGAGAAUCUAUAGGAGAUGUUGCGUGAUGCCUUUGGCUUUGAUAAGCGUACUGAUGCAGAGUUAAAGAAGUUGGAACAACUUAAGAAUGAUAUGAAGACCCCACUGUAUCCGAAUUCCAAGAGGUAUAACAGGUAGUCUGGUUCGCUAAAGCUUCUCCAAUUGAAGGCAUCAAAUCAUUGGACUGAUGAUGGCUUCAAAAAAUUGCUAGAAGUGCUUACAGAUAUGUUUCCUGAGGGAAAUGUGAUACCCAAGACUACAUAUGAGGCUAAAAAGAUUAUUUGUCCAGUGGGAUUGAAGUUUGAGAAAAUUGAUGCUUGCAAGAAUGACUGCAUCUUGUACCAUGGUGACAAUAAAGAGGCCACACAAUGCCCCAACUGUCAGACCUCUCGUUACAAACAUAGAAGUGAUAUGGGUGUUGACGGCAUGAUGAUGCGUCAUAAAGUUCAUAGGAAGGUUGUAUGGUACUUCCCUAUAAUCCCUCGCCUCAAACGAUUGUUUGCAACCUCUAAGGACGCACAUCUAUUGACUUGGCACUCAGAUAGCCGCAAGGUUGAUGAUUGUAUACGACACCCAGCAGAUGGUAUUUAGUGGCGAUACAUUGAUUCCAUGUAUAAGUCUUUUUUUGAUGAACCAAGGAA